AUGCAUGACAGAUAUGACGAUGUCAGCAAAUUUGAGGAAGUCAUCAUUGGCCUGAGAGAGAACCCAAAGUCUCAGAAGUCAGAGAAGCAGCAGCAGAUAUCUGCGUCUGUCAGGUUGAGAAAAGCUCUAGGUCCUAAACCACAAGAUGGUCGUGUCUCGGCAAAAUGUGGCUUGAAAGGAGACCGCCGACUAUCCUCAUUGCAACCGACAAUUCGUAAUAUGAAUGAUGAAGAUGAGCCAAGCAAAGAAGAGCACCAUUUCCCUCUACACACAGUACCGUCAACAAUUGAUUACUCACAAUUAGCUCAUGUUUUGUCAGAGGAAGGACGUGGCAUAAGUUUCGUACAAACUGAUGGCAAUUGUUUUUUUAGAGCCAUUUCCACGUACCUGUUCAAAAUGGAAUCCAAGCAUGAGUUGACACGUAAAAUCAUAGUGGAUUUUUUAAGGCGACAUAUUAACCAGUUUUCGCACCUGAUAGAUACGGAAAAUCUUGAGGUCCACUUGGAGGACAUGGCGACAGAAGGCACAUGGGGUACAACAUCAGAAAUAUUUGCAGCGGCAACCCUCCUGCAGAGAGACAUUUUUGUUUUUGUGAGGUGCCAAUCAGGAGUGUACACCUGGACACGGUUCAAACCUCUAUUUGUCCACGAACAAAUAGUUCAGGACAUACAGUUAUCCAACAUAUGUUCUUAUAUUUCAAUUUGUAACACAGACGCAGUACACUUUGAUCUCGUGCACCCGCUUGUGGGUUGCAAUUGUCAUUGGCCCAAGCCUAAACUAGAUGGGAGCACAAACAAAAUAGCAGGACUCAUGUCUUCCAAAGUAGGGUUGGAAACGCUGCCAAAAACUGACCCUGGUACAAGAGUUGUUGAAGAAACGUGCUCCUCAAGUGACUCUUUUGGUGAGGAAAGCCGUGUCACCAGGAAGCGACCAAAGAUGGAACCCGAAGAGGGGACCUAUCCAAGAGCUCUAAAAGAUGAUUUGGAAGUCAAAUUUUCUGACUCUUUGUUCGAGGAGAUUAAAAGCCUAAAGCGAACACUUCAUACCAGCAAAAGCAACCAAGAGACUUAUCGGAAAGAACUCAAAGAUUGGAAAUCUAAAGCGGAACAAGCAGAAACAUCUUUAGAUGCGGCGAAGAAAAGACUGCGAGACAAGAACUGUGCUCUCCAGAAGAUCUACAAGUCGCUCAAUUGUUGUUCAUGCACCAACAACUUUGACACACUGGAUAGAGAACCAUUCCAGAUCAACUGCAGACACAUAGCUUGCUCAGAAUGUGUUGAAAGAGCCGAGACUGAAGAGGUCGUUUGCAGAUUGUGCAGGACGAAGAUUGAAGCAGAUAGCAAGUUCUCAGUUGAUGUACUGCUUUCCGUGAUCAAAGAGCUAGAAAAACAAAUUUUGGACUAACGCUAACCCUAACUAUUUCACCACAUUCACCCCGCCUAUAAUUAAAAUAGCAAGCAUAGUAAUAUAGUAGGCCAUAGCUUAAAUAAAAAGAGAAUGACAGUGCCUGUAAUACAAUAGAUUAAUAAAUAGUAGAAAUAUUAGUUCGUCUUGUAAAAAUAGUGCAUGAUGAUACAAAGAAAACCUAAAAAAAAAAAUAUGUAUAAUAGGAUACUAGUUUCUGUUUUAAGCAAUAACAAACAGUGUAGUAAGUAAAUAUGUACGUAAGUAAGUGAAAAGUAAACUAUAGUAUCAGUAGCAAGAGAUAAACAACGCCAGUUUGUGUAGUCAGUAUAAGUAGUGCAAUAAAGAAACAACUCUAGACUCUAUAGUUCUGUCUGGUUCUUCUCUCUCUUAAGUUGUAACGGGGUUAACUAUCAUGUUCUACAGUGUGGGAGUCACUAGUGAGUUCCUGAGCGUCAAGUGGAGUAUUUUCAAGAGGAAGCGCUCGGAGGUCCUCAGAGCCUUCCAGGGGUUCUUUCCUUUCUUGUAUCACCGUAGGGGUGUUGACUGGUACUUCCGUGUUUUGAGCUUCUGGAGGAUAUUCAUUAUCCUCACCCUGAGCGAAGAACGAAGGUUCACUUGUUGUUGUGGAUGGAGAGGGGGUGGGAGCCAAGCGUCUUAGAGAGACCGUCUCCUCUUUACCGCUGGGCAACCGUACGACGGCAUAUUGGGGGUUACACAUCAGCAAUUCGACUUCCUCCGUGAGAGGAUCAUACUUUGAAGAUCGGUUCUCUCUUCUCAGCAACACUCGACCUGGGCUGGAUAGCAAAGUUGGGAUAGAUAUCCCGAAGGAGGAUUUCCGGUUGAACCGGAAAACUCUCUCAUGUGGAGUUUCGUUUGUUGCCGUAGAUAGUAAUGAUCUAAUCGAGUAUAGGGCCUGGUUCAAGACAAGCUACCAUCUUGAGAUCGGGAGAUCGAGGUCUUUCAGUGCUAAAGUAACAGCGUUCCAUAGAGUUUAGUUUAGUCGUUCAAUUUGCCCGUUGCAUGAAGGAUUAAAAGCGGUUGUUCUACUUGUAGCUAUUCCCCUCUCGUGCAGAAAGGAUUGCACCUCCCUCAACAUAAAGGACGUACCUCUGUCAGAAUGGACGUACUCUGGCAUCCCAACUAAGGAAAACAGCUGAUUUAAACACUUUAUGACAGUAGAUGAGGACAUGGGUAGGCAAAUGGGAAGCGUGAGUACUCAUCCACCAUUGUUAAUAAAUAUUUAUUGUGAGUAGCAGAUGGGAUUGGUCCCUUAAAAUCGAUGCUUACUCUCUGAAAUGGUAGGGUAGCCUUGAUGAAAGGUGCCUGAAAACUGUUUGAAGAAUCUAGGCUUCAGUUCAGCGCAAGUUUUACAUUGGUUUACCACUUUGCGGACGUCCUCGCAGGAAAAAGGUAAUUUCUUAGUCCGAACGUAAUGGAGGAGUCUCGUGACCCCUGGGUGACAGAGGUUGUUGUGUAACAGUUUGAGGUCUUCUCCAGUCAUUGCUGACGCAAAGUGGUUCCUUGAAAAGGUAUCCGCCGCAGCGUUUUGUUUCCCGGGUCGAUAAACGACGUCAUAUUGGAAACAACUAAGCUCCAGUCGCCAUCUUUGUAUCUUUUUUGGCGAAAAUGUGGCCGUGAGUAGUGCGAGAAAGGUGUGUAGAGGCCAUGUAGAUUCUGUUUCUGGACGUUCCUAAUUUCCAUUAGUUCCUUUUAGCAAUUGAAGAAGAUAUAUAGCUUUCACUGCUCCCCUAUCUACGAGAGCCUUCAAUGGUACUCCAUUGACGAGUAUUGAAAUAGCAGAUUUACUAAGGCUGAACGCUGGUGUCGAUGCCCAGGAAGAUCCAACGGUUGUAGUCUGUGACGUCUCGUCAUCUCCUUUCACUAUGGCUGAGGUUAUAGAUUUGAGUGUCUGUCUGGUCGAUUUACAGACUUUCUGGAAAUGGCCCCUCUUACCGCACAAGUUGCAUGUAGCGUCACGGGCUGGACAUCUGAAGCGUUGAUGUGGGCUGUUUCCACAAAAGAAGCAUCUUUUACUAGUCGCCGCACUCACCUCGUGUUCUAAUUUUGUCGUUGGAGAAAGUCUCAACGCUUUCCGGUCUUGAACUGCCCGCUUUCCUACACACUGUCUCAUUCGUACACGCAGGCUUUGGAUCACAUGACCAUAACAUUGGUCAUAUUUGCGUGUAAUCGUGUAAUCGUAGUACUGUCCCUUGUCCAUGGCCCCGCUGACCUGAGUGAUUCACGUGUGUGUCAGCUGAGCCUAUAGUUAACCCUUUUUCGCCGCCAAUAGGGUCAUAACAGUAUGUUAGGUUUCUCUAUAAACCCUUGACAAAACAAUGUGGCUAAGUCAAGAACCAGACAACUUGGACUCUAAUAUAAAGAGACACUUUAAUGAGUGUAAUAAAUAAUGAAGAGAAAACAAUCAAAUAUUUUACAAAUGGGCAGAAGUCAAUGUCUGAAUAAAACAGCUAUACACAACUUGUUAACAAUGAAUGUUCUUUUUCCUUAACUUUCUUGUUCCUCUCUCAGUCCGCCAGACCUGACCCAACCUUUCUUAUAACCAACACAUAGUUCAUAGUCGGAUAACCAAAAAACAGUGUUGACCUACACGGAGAAUGUUUACAUCAGUCCUUUUUAAGUACACAGGCCUGUGACACAUGUGUCGGUUGAUUACCCAUAGGGUUACACUGACCAGCAUAACAGUCCACUUACAACAAUAUGUUGGAUUAUUCUAGAAUUUAUAAUUAGGUCUGAUUGUUGUUUGCCUUAGAUUAUAUCUACCAGGACCAGAACUGACGUCGCUUUGAAUCUGUGACAUCUGUUGUUCUCUAGCCGGGGACUCCUUAAUGCUUAAACUAAUUUUUUGUACUUGGGUGUUGGGAGAAGCCAUUUGGUUAAUCAGUCACAUGGUCAGUAAGCGACUGCGUGAUAUGGCUUGUCUGUAGCCCAAAGUGUACAUGUUCUAUAUGUUGAUAGGGUUAUGAUACGUUGGAACACUUGUAGCGUUUUAUUCUAUUCUAAUCCAUUAUGACAAGAACUCCAUGUUGUUUAUGUCUUCCAGUUCUGAUAAUCCCCAUAUAAACAUUGCGCUAUAUGCAACUAUUUAUUGAAAAAAAAAUUUUUUUUAUACAUUUUAUAUAUAUAAAUAUAUAUUUAUAUAUUCAGAUUUGUAUUCUAUCAUAUUACCAAUGCACAAAAAAUACAUUCAAUAAUAUU